AUGUCAGACCCGAAAAACACCUCCUCCAUCGCCAUUCUCGGCGCCGGCGAUGUAGGCGCCACAAUCGCAUACAGCCUCAUCAUGAACCCUGUUGCCGGUGACAUCCUGCUCGUCGACCCCAAGGAAGAAGUCCGCGACGCUCAAGUGGCAGACUUGUCAGACGCCACCUUCCACGGUAACACAAGCACCCGGAUAAGAGCAGGUACGCACAAAGAGGCGGGUCAAUGCGAUAUCGUCGUAAUCGCUGCUGGGGCAAAGCAAAAGAAGGGUGAGAGUAGGACGGAUCUAAUCGGCCGCAACAAAUCCAUUCUCGAAUCCGCAAUCUCGGACAUGAAGCCGUUCCGCGAGGACACUGUACUUCUACUCGUCGCAAACCCCGUCGACGUCCUCACCUACUUCGCCCAACAGUACUCCGGUCUUCCAAAAUCGCAAGUCAUCGGCAGUGGCACCUUCCUCGACUCCGCCCGUCUCCGCGGCAUACUCGCGUCCAAAGCGGAAGUCGCAGCGUCCAGCAUCGAAGCGUACGUCCUUGGUGAACACGGCGAAUCCCAAUUCGUCGCCUGGAGCCUGGCUUCUAUCGGCGGUGUCCCGUUGUCUUCUGCGUUAUCUUCCAAGCAAUCAGGCGCGUUGGAUAAAGACGCCAUUGCGGAGGAGACGAAGAACAAAGCUACGAGCAUUAUCGAGAACAAGGGAGCCACGAAUUACGGCAUCGGCGGCGUUGCGGCGUCGAUAUGCAAAUCCAUCAUCUUCGAUGAGAAGAUCAUAAGGCCUGUUAGUACGUUCCAGGAAGAUUUAGGGGUCUGUUUGAGUAUGCCGGUAGUUCUGGGCAGGAAGGGCGUGGUGAGGGCGUUGCAGAUGACGUUGGAUAAUGAGGAGAGGGGGAAGUUGGAGGGGAGUGCUAAGGCUUUGAAAGAGGUCAUUGAUGCCUAA